GGCGAGCCGGCGGGGGUGGGGACCCGCCUCUCGGUCCCUGGAACGGGGAGGGGACCACGGCUACCGACCUUGGCAAGCCCCGGCGGCCAAACCCCGCCGGUACAUCGAUCGACCUCAGGUCGCUUCCUUCCUUGGCACAACCCAGCAUGCAGCCUUGAGCCUGGCAUAGGCUGCCACCCACUUCAGCUCUGUACAACCUCUGCUGUGGCUCAGGGGAAGCUGUAGGUGCCCAGGCAUUGGAAUAGCACCUCUUCAUCAAGAAACCACCGCAGAUCCAGAGAGCCCGGGGAAUCCCACCACCAGCUCUCUGGAAAACCAGCAUGGCUAUUACCCUACAACCCAGUGACUUGGUCUUUGAGUUUGCAAGCAACGGGAUGGAUGAUAUUCACCAGCUGGAAGACCCCUCCGUAUUCCCAGCUGUGAUCGUGGAGCAGGUCCCUUACCCUGAGUUACUGCAUCUGUACUCCGGACUGGAGCUGGAUGAAGUCCACAAUAGCAUCAUAAGAGACGGGACCUUAUGCAUGGCACAGGAUCAGAUCCUGGAGGGCAGUUUUUUGCUGGCAGAUGACAAUGAAGCCAACUCACAUACUGUGUCAACCACAGAAGUCUUACUCAAUGUGGAAUCUCCCAACGAAGUCCUGGAUGAGAAGCAGAUCUUCAGCCCUUACGAAAUGCUUCCAGACUCCGACUCUGCACAGGCCACCGCUCUGCCCAACUUCCUGUUGCCUGCCCCUGAACCUGAUGCCGUGGGUAGGGCAGGUGACACUGGUGACCAGGAGGAGCAUUCUCUGGAAGACAGGGUCCUCAGAGAGGAAAGUGUUAAGAAGAUUGGAAAGCCAAAGAAAAGAAUCCGGAAGACAAAGGGCCACCGAAGUACCUCACCUGUCACUGACCCCAGCAUCCCUAUACGGAAAAAAUCCAAGGAUGGCAAAGGUAGCACUAUUUAUCUGUGGGAGUUCCUCUUGGCACUUUUGCAAGACAGAAACACCUGUCCCAAGUACAUCAAGUGGACCCAGCGAGAGAAAGGCAUCUUCAAGCUGGUGGACUCCAAGGCUGUAUCCAAGCUAUGGGGGAAGCAGAAAAACAAGCCAGACAUGAAUUAUGAGACCAUGGGACGGGCUCUAAGAUAUUACUACCAAAGAGGCAUCCUGGCCAAAGUGGAAGGGCAGAGGCUGGUGUACCAGUUUAAGGAGAUGCCCAAGGACCUGGUGGUGAUUGAAGAUGAGGAGGAGAAAACUGAAUCGCCAGCAGCGCAGCCACAGGCCUCCACUUCCUCCGCAACCCCCGCCAGCAUCACCCGCAGAGCCAGCUCCAAGGUCGUCUCCAGAGCUGCCCCCCAGGACAAGGGUGGCCCUUCCUGGGAGAAGCCAAAGGUUCAGCAUACUGGUCUCCAGCCAUCUGCAAGCCUGGAAUUGGCACUGCCUCUGGAUGAGGAGGUCCCCACUACCUCCUCCAUGCUCAUCUCUCCACCGCAAAGCCAAGCCAAGCUCACCAAAGCCAUGAGUACGUCUUCAGUACCCAGCAACAUCCACCUAGGCGUGGCCCCCGUGGGACCGAGCUCUGCUGUGACCCUGCAGACCAUCCCCUUGACGACGGUGCUGACCAACGGGCCUCCUGCCAGUACUGCUGCCCCCACUCAGCUCUUUCUCCAGAGUGUUCCAUCCGUGUCAACAUUCAAGGACACCUUCACUUUGCAGGCCGCUUUCCCUCUGAACACCAGUUUCCAAGAGAACCAGGUGGCAGCCCCAGGGGCCCCGCUGAUCCUCAGUGGCCUCCCCCAACUUCUGGCUGGGGCCAAUCGUUCAAACAACCCAGCCCCAUCCCAGGUCAUGGGUGCUGGACCAGCAGGGCCCAGUCCUCAACCUCCAGGGACUGUCAUCGCUGCCUUUAUCAGGACUUCUGGUGCCACAGCAGCACCUGGGGUGAAGGAGGGGCCGCUGAGGUCCUCCUCAUACGUGCAGGGCAUGGUGACUGGGGCCCCUGUGGAGGGGCUGCUGGUCCCAGAAGAGACCCUGAGGGAGCUCCUGAGAGAUCAGGCUCAUCUUCAGCCACUUCCAAGCCAGGUGCUUUCAAGGGGCUCCCACAGCCAGAGUGUUACAGGGAACCAGACUUUCUCUCCCCCCAGCUGCCCCACUGUUGGGCUGACACCAGUGGCUGAACUUGAGCUGUCCUCAGGCUCAGGGUCCCUGUUUGUGGCUGAGCCUAGUGUGACCACAUCUGGGGGUCUGGUGACCAGAUCUCCAACCCCAGCCUCCUUCUCCCCAUUCAAUCCCACUUCCCUCAUUAAGAUGGAGCCCCAUGACAUAUAAACAAAGAGGUCAGAAAUAUGGCCCACUAGGUGAAGCUGAACAGCAUUUUCAUGUGGACCCAUGUAGUGUACCUGUCUUGUAUUUAGUGGAAUAUGAUAUACCUGAUCCCUAGUGUGCCGGCCCUGCCUGGCAUCACCGUGGGCAAGCUGUGCCCACCUUGAGCACCCUUAGAAUCAGACCCAUGGCUUGCAGGAGCUCUAGGGGAUAUGUUCUUGGAAGGUAAUAGGCUGACAUGGUGAUGAAAGGAAACCCCUGAGCCAGGAACAGCUAGGGGCUUUGUGAGAAGCGCCGGGCCUGGCUGUGUACCUCACCACCUAUAUUCCCUACAUGGGGAACUCACCAUCCCAUAUGUGAACAUUUCUGUAUAUAUUUGUGUGUCCUUGUGGGUCUGUACCUUUGUUUCUUUGGGAAGGACGGGGGUGUAGCUGUGAGGUCUUCUCUUCAAAUGUGUUGUGUUGUGUUGUGUUAUGUUGUGUGGUGUAGUGUGGUGUUGUGUUGUGUUGUGUGUGUAUCUCUGGGUCAGCCACAGAGAUAGGAUUAAUUUUUAAGGAAAAGCACUCUUUAAUUCUCUUUGUACAAGCCACAAUGUCAUUACUCUAAGACUAUGGGGUACAGAUUGGAUGCCUCAAAUCUGGAGAGAUGUCUCAGCUGGAAAUUGUCCAGGUUGGAGAGCUUUCGUGGGUGCACGUGUUAGGGAGAUGUGCUGCUAAGGGGGCAGACAGCCAAAGACGUUAAAGUACGAGAGAAGGGAAGAGCAAAGAACGCAGCCUGGGAGCAGCCUCCUCCAAGACAGCUCUCUAAAGACAGUCCUAGUCCUGAGUCCCUCGCCAGAAUGUUUGUGGUCAGGGCUCUGGGCUGUUUGUGUAAGAUCAGCCCUGUGCUGGACAACAGCCUUUUUUGGCACACGGCCUUAACAUCCUAUCCAGGUUUUUUUUUUUUUUUUCCUUAUUACUUCUGCCCUGGAAUGUUCCAGCUGUGAGCAGUUGCUGGGGAUAAUAGGGCAGCAACCCAUCUUGAGUCGGCCUCCAUGCAUGCAUGUAUUUAUGCAUGUGCAUGGUAAGGCAUGCGUGCCGCAAAGUCCCUGUUGUUUUUCGCUACCUUCUCGCUCCCACAGUGGCUACUGCAGACCUCAAGUGAACCCCUGCUCCUCACCUCCACCUGUCAUACCUAAACUAAUUUUUUUUUCACGAUGACAGGAGCCAGAACACACACAAGUUCCCAUGGCGCUGCUCAUGUUGGCACAUGGCUCCUUACAUCCCUCUAAAGUGAAGCCCUCAGCGAAGGGCUUUGAUUCCCCCUCUCCCUGCUUCAAAUCUGCUUGCCUCUCGUGCCAAGUUUAAGGACAAAGCUUAGAGAUGACUGGCUCAGAAGCAACUAUAGUCCCUGGUGAAUUUGAUUAAUGUGAAUCAGUGCUUCAGGACCUUUGUUUUGCUAUGUCCUCAGUGCCAAAGCACCCACUUGACCUAACUACCUCCUACGCUGUUCUUUUCUCUCCUCUUCCGGUCAUCACUCUCUCCCAUUGUUCUCCUCUCUUCUUCCCUGGGGAGGGGACCAUCUGUGACUGUGCAGGUGCACUUACUACAUGUUUCCAGCAAGUGGCAUUGAAAUGCCUCUUCUAUAUCAGCUUAUUUUGACAGCCUCCUGAUGGUUGGAAACAUCUUGAGAAAGGGUCACUAUUUCUUUUUAAAUGUGCACAAAGGCAGUGUGGGUGAGGGGUGGCUCUGCCCCAGCCUGAAAUCUAAUUUCUCCCCCUGCCAACUCUUACUUAGGAAAUUAAUUAUCUGAAAGCUAUCAACGUGGUGAAAUCAGGCCUCUUUAUGGCUCUCAGCUCUGUGGGUCCACACUCGCUGGGUUCUUCUACAUGCCCCCCCCAUCAUCCUUUCUCUGUGUCUGUGUAGGUUGCUCAUUGUCCCUUUAAAUGGGAGUGUUCCCCAAGGGCCUCGCUGUUCUCAUAAGCUAGCUCUUCGGAAUAAAUAUUAAAUUGGGGCCUGCUUCACAGACCUAGCAACCUGCAGGACAUUUCUACAUAAACAUCUGUCAACCCCUUUAUCAAAAGUGGAUUUUUAUCUGGGUGUGGUUGGCACAUGCCUUUAAGCCCAGCACUCAGGAGGCAGAGGUAGAAGGAUUGCUGUGAGAUCAAGGCCAGCCUGAGACUACAUAGCAAAUUCCAGAUCAGCCUGGGUUAGAGUGAGACCCUACCUCAAAAAACUACAAAAAUUAAAGAAAAAAAAUCCACCACACCUGGUCCAAAAGUGGAUUUUUAAUUCUCUCCAGUCACAAUAAAAAAGGCAAAAGAAGCCAGGUAUGGUUGCACACAGCUUUAAUCUCAGCACUUGAGAGGCAGAGGUAGAAGGAUCACUGUGAUGUUGAGGCUAGCCUGAGACUACAGAGUGAGUUCCAGGUCAGCCUGAGCUAGAGUGAAACCCUCCCUACCUCAAAACAAAACAAAACAACAAAAAGGCAGAUUCAUUGCAACUUGCCUAUUUAUGUUAACGGUGCCACCAUUUAUCCGAUGUUCUAAGCUUGAAAUCUCAGAUCUAUCUAGUGGCUGCCUACACUUGAUUCUGUCCUUCUCCCUCGUACAACAUUCAACAGGGGUGCAAUGUCUCUGAAAUCCAGCUUGUCUUUUCCCAUCCCCGGUCUAGCUAGUGCUACCCAGCUUCCCCUUUCCUACACAUAUCAAUACCUUCUGUGUCUUAGUGUGAGACCUCUUAUAACUUCUCUUCUGCCAGGGCACAGAUUCUGUUCUUCCUCUGUGACUUCCUAACUUGCAGAUAGGGGUGGUACCUUGCUAGAUGCUUAGCAUUAACUCUAGUUCCUGAAUCAUGAGACAACCCAGGAGUACUGCAAGAAGGGAAGUGCUUGGAGAGCUCAAGGCAGUAAUUCCAGAAAGAUUUAAAAUUUGGUGCCAGUUCCACCUUGAGACAAAUUUCCAAGUCUUGGCUCAUCACCAUUGAGUCCUGUCUGACAUUCCUAGCCUAUCACACUGUUCCUCAUCCCACCUCAAGGUACUAUUACAAAAUGAUGUAUUUACUGAUCUUUAAGCAUGCCUCUGUUGAAAAGUCCCCAGUUUUUCUAGGUUCUGCUCAACCCAAAUGUUCUUGCUAUCUCCCUACUACCAACUAAAAAGUAUAUCUAUCCUUCAAGACUCACUUUAUGGAAGGAGCUAAUCCUUACUUUGAAAUAUUUAUUUUAGACUUGUAAUUGCCACUCUUUGGGCAACUGACCAUGAAGAGACUGUGACAUCUCUAUUAUAAUCACAGACUGUUACUUACACCUUCAAUGAUCUGUACCUAUUUAGUCACCGUAAUCAAUGUGUUGCCUCCUUACUGGUAGGGGGGCAUUGUAUUACCCACGGAUGGAAAGCAUACUAUAAAGAAAAUGAACAUCAA